AUGCUCACUUCCUGUUUGGAACACGGCGGCUGGGGGAUUAGUUAUAUCCAUAGCAUGAUCUCGUCCAUCGUGAACAGCACGUAUUAUGCAAACGUCUCCGCCUCCAAGUGUCACGACUUCGGGCGCUGGUACAAACAUUUCAAGAAGACCAAGUUCCUCAAAGAAGUGGAGAUGUUGAGUGACGCACAUCCUCCUCCCCCCCGGCCACCGACCACAGCCACACCCCCUGACCCCUCCGCCCUGACGUUCCCUCGCGGGGGGUCCCUCUGUGCCCCUCCCCCCUCCCUGCCCGCACGCCCCCCUGGACUGCCCACCCCGCCCCUCAACCCCCCCGUGGUCAACCCCCUGGUCAUGGCUCAGCUUCUCAACCGCCAGUACGUGGUGAGUCACAUGCUUGGCCAGUUCAUGCCCCCCUCCCCUCAGCAGUACCUCCACCACCCCCCGGUCGGCGGCGGGGGCGGCGCCAGGGUCCAGACGAAGCCCAGGGCCCCAGAGCCUCAGGGUCCAGCUCCGGCUCCGUGCCUGGGAGGAGGGCUGUCGGCGGGGGCGCAGACCGUCAGCUCUGCCGGGGCGUUCGGAGGAGGCGUGGACGUGCCCUUUGACAUCUACCACAGCGUGAGGGAGGAGCUGAAGAGGGCGGGCGUGUCCCAGGCCGUGUUCGCCCGCGUGGCCUUCAACAGGACUCAGGGUCUUCUGUCUGAGAUCCUUCGUAAAGAGGAGGACCCCAAACACGCGUCUCAGUCGCUCCUGGUGAACCUGCGCGCCAUGUACAGCUUCCUCCAGCUCCCCGAGGCCGAGAGGGAACGCAUCUACCACGAGGAGAAGGAACGCUGCCUGACCGCCGGCCCCGCCUGCUCCACGCCGCCCAGGAACAGCCAGGCGCGUCUCUCUCCGGGGGCCCCAGAUCGGGGUGUCAGGGCGGACCCCGGGCUCCUCUCCGUCUCCUCCUCCACCUCCUCCAUCACCUCCUCCAUCUACGAGCAGAUCCAGCACGAGAUGAGGAGGGCCAAGGUCUCCCAGGCUCUGUUCGCUAAAGUGGCAGCCUCCAAAAGCCAGGGCUGGCUGUGUGAGCUGCUGCACUGGAAGGAGGAGCCCAGUCCGGAGAACAGGACCCUGUGGGAGAAUCUGUGCACCAUCCGCCACUUCCUGAGCCUGCCCCAGGGCGAGCGUGACUCCCUGUACGAGCAGGAGAGCAGCGGGCAGGGCUACGGCGACCAGAGGAGCUUCAGUGAGAGGCUCGCCGACAGGACUCUGUACCAGCGCAUGUCUCCACUGUCACAGCACCUGCCGCACCCUGAGAGCCGCCCUCACCUGUCGCCAGGGCAGCCACAGGAAGCAUCACCCACUGACCGCAGGACCCAAGGCAGCUGGGGCACCCAAGGGAGAGCCCGGGUGCCCAGCAGAGAGGGUGAGGAGAGGACUAAUGGCCUGGGACUGGUCAGCGAGGGUCAGACCUGUUCUGAGUUUGAGAGAAAGGACUGCAGGUUUCAGGAGCGCUGCCGAGAGACGGAGGAGAAACCCAGCGUGGAGAGCAAGGUGGAGGUGCAGGCGCAGAUCCAGGCCGGGUGCUUGAAGGUGUCCACCGAGGCCCUGGCCAUCCUCCAGAGCUUCAUCCAGGAGGUGGGACUGCCCCCGGAUGAGGAGGCGGUGUGCACCCUGUCCGCUCAGCUCGGCCUUCCCCAGCACGCCAUCUGCAGCUUCUUCAACAGCCAGAACUCGCACGCAACAGAGAGGGGCCCAAGACGGAGCCCUGAGGGACGCCCGCCCGAAACGGUGGACUCGAGACUGUCUCAUCCGCAGAAGACCGAGAGAGAGGACUUUAAAGUGUCCCACCUGGAGAGAGGGACAGAGGGGGAGGAGUCUGGAGCGGUGAUGGAGAUGGAGGUGGGGACUCAGACCGGUUUUGUCCUGAAAGAGGAGCGGACGGAUUACACCCCGGACCUGGACAGCUCCGAGUAUAUAUGAUCAGGUUUAGUCUUUUACAUGUGUCUUGUCAUUCGUUGUUGUUUUUAGGGGAAUUUAAAAGGGUGAGAUGAGUAAAUUGUUGAUUUAGAACGCACAGAAGAAUCAACCGUAGUAGCUUGAGCU